GCGGCUCAUUGUCAGGAGAGCUGCACGGAGAACAGAGGAGCGAGAACGCAGCGCAGGUACAACAGCAGCUGCAGCAGCUCAGCCAACACAGAGCCACAGCAUCACAGAAAACACACUCUACAGCUCUGAACUGAGAGAAGAUGGAGAGAGACACAAUAAAUAUCUCACCUGAGAGGAGUCCUCCUCUCAAAGAGGAGCUCAGGACAGCAUCUCAGCAUGGCUUCUACCUAAGCCCAUCUCCACUCUAUAUUAAAAAAUUCUCACCUUCCAGAUACCCAAACAUAUCUCCCUCCAGAGACAGCUACAGUGCAUUCAGCCCCCCUGCUCUCUUCCCCAUUCUUCGUCCCAAGGGUGAACAUUACACCCAAAAGGAGGGAUCCCAAAAGCGCAAAAGAACUCCUUUCAAAAUGGACGCCCAAGGAGGUGAAUCCCCAGGUGGAGAAGCAGAGGACGUACAGGACAAUGGCAGUAAGAAGACAGUGGACCUCUCCCACCUCCCCUUCUCCCUCCCUGCUCGUCCCAUUCCCUCUUCAUCAUCUUCAAAGCCCCUCCCAGGUAUGAUCGACCUCAACAGACUGCAGCUCCAUCACAGAUCUCUGUCCAGGCGUGACCCACCAGGUAUUAACCUACCUGUGCAGGUCAAGCAGGAGCCACUCAGUCCUUCCCCUGUAUGGCCUCCAUCUCCCAUCUUCUUACACCCGCCAUAUUUCCCCCCUCUCCACCCCAGCCUGCUCCCAUACCCAUUUUUCAUGCCCGGGCCUGUCAUGCACCUCUCCCCUGAUGCUUUCUAUCCCAGAGAGGCUCACCGCCCUGGUCACCGUGGCCCGGACGGGCCUCCUCGAAGCGGGAUGACCACCGUUGAGAAGCUGGGUCUCAACAUCCAUGUAGACGACAGCUAUUACGUCAACGUGGGAGGUGACCAGAAGCGAUGGAAGUGCCGUAUGUGCGAGAAGUCCUACACCUCUAAGUACAACCUUGUCACGCACAUCCUGGGGCACAGCGGCAUUAAGCCACAUGGAUGCCACCUGUGUGGAAAGCUGUUCAAGCAGCUGAGCCACUUGCACACACACCUGCUCACCCACCAGGGAAUGCGCCCCCACAAGUGCCAGGUGUGCCACAAGGCCUUCACCCAGACUAGCCACCUGAAGAGACACAUGAUGCAGCACAGUGAUGUGAAGCCAUAUAGCUGCAGUGUGUGUGGUCGAGGUUUUGCUUACCCCAGUGAGCUUCGGGCCCAUGAGCUGAAGCAUGAGAAAGGCCAGGAGAACGUUUGUGUGGAGUGUGGUCUGGACUUCCCCACACUGGCUCAGCUGAAGAGGCACCUGACCACCCAUCGUGGCCCCACCCUGUACAGGUGUGCCGAGUGCCAGAAGACUUUCCAGUACCCGAGCCAGCUGCAGAACCACAUGAUGAAACACAAAGACAUCAGGCCGUACAUCUGCAGCGAGUGCGGGAUGGAGUUCAUCCAGUCACACCACCUGAAACAGCACACGCUCACUCAUAAAGGGGUGAAAGAACACAAGUGUCGCAUCUGCGGUCGCGAGUUCACCCUAUUGGCCAACAUGAAGCGCCAUGUGCUGAUCCACACCAACAUAAGGGCUUACCAGUGCCACAUGUGCUUCAAGAGCUUUGUCCAAAAGCAGACGCUCAAAGCCCACAUGAUCGUCCACUCGGACAUCAAACCCUAUAAAUGCAAGCUUUGUGGGAAGGAGUUCAACAGGAUGCAUAACCUUAUGGGCCAUAUGCAUCUCCACUCAGACAGCAAGCCAUUCAAAUGCCUUUACUGUCCCAGCAAGUUCACCCUGAAGGGAAACCUUACAAGACACAUGAAGGUCAAGCAUGGCAUCAUGGACAGAGGCCUGGAUGAGAGAUUGUUUAGGCGAAGGGGGAGAUUCUGCCUGUCCAGUCCUCUGGGUCUGCUGACACGCUUCAACCAAGAGGAGCCUUUCGACCUCUCCCAGAAGCCCCCAGGCCUGCCCAGUCUCCGUCACUCCCAGUCAGACGGCGAGAGCGUCCCGGGGAGCUCAUGUCAGGAGGAGGAUGAGGAGAGUUUUUACAGGAGAAGCCAGUACAGCCCUGAAGUGGACCAACACGAACCAGCAGGCGAGGACCAGUACAUCCCAGAGCUGGAGGAAGGAGAGCAAGGCUACACACCUGAGCUGAGGCCAGGCGAGCCGCAGAAACAGGUGUACCAGCGUAACGCAGGUGAACAGGUGCAUGAGAGUGAGUCAGCACCAGGUGGACACUAUAGAGAUCCCACAGCUGACCCGAUCUGCCUUCUGGAGGCAGGGGAGACACCAGAGCAGGUGUAUGAGUCCGACUCAGAGCCAGGUGAGCAGAUGUACCACCGGGAGGCAGGCGGGAGACCGUUUUAUGACUCUGACUCUGACUCAGAACUGGAAGAUCAGACUCCUCACCAAGAGCUAGAUGAGCCAGAGAAAAAUAAACAGGGAAGGGAUUCUGAAUCAGCCGGCAAAACAAACCACCGUGAAGCAGAGGGUAAACAGAGCAGGUUAGAGCCAGGUGAAAGAGUGUAUAUGUCGCACCGAGGUGAACAAACAUUAGGUGCCGAGGCCCAGGAUGAAGAACAACAGCAACAACAAGGAGAGGAAGAUGCAGGGAUUGAGGAAUGCUGAUAAUGAGAGGAAGAGAGGAGGGAGGAAGUGAGCGAGACACUCCCAUGACAAAGGAGGAAAGUGUGUUUUUUGUAGUGAUCUGAAGGAAAAUAUUUCAGGAGGCUGUGUUAUCUAACAAAAGUGAGAUGCACGUAGCACAUUAUUAAACAACCGAGGAGCAGUGACGUGACUCAAAUAGAAGCUGUGAUACCAAAAACAUGGGCCAACAGUAUGUACAUACCACUGUUUAAUUAAAUGCAUAUGUGGGCAAAAGUUGAUGUAAGGAGUGGAUUCAUGAGGGAGAAAGUGUGAUCAAGAUAUAACAUUAUUGUAAAGAAAAUGCCAGCAUUUAAAAAAUUGAAAUAUUUAAUGUUUUUGUACUUUUUCACAGAUAAUUUUGCAACGUUAGCGCAUGUGAUUAAUUAUGUAAUGUUUCCUCUGAUAUAAUUCCAAAUGCAUUUCUGUUUUUUUCUGUCUUUGAUUAAAUGAGUAAUAGCAGACACAAAAUCAGCAAUUUCUUUUAUUUUUGUGUAUAUUUAUUUCAUUUUGG